GGCUGCCAUGAUUCAACUCAAGGGUAGUUAUCUUAAAAUCACUUUAUGAGAAACAAAAAAACUUUUAAUGACACAGGUUCUUAAUAUUCAGAGAGCUGUCUGAUGGUGAACACCCCCUUUAUGUUUUAUAGAUCAAUGUGUCCUUUAAACUAUAUCCCCUAAAGGAAAAAAAUGAAUUUGACUGCCUAAAGAUGUCAAGUAUAGUGAACAGUGAAUCUCAAUUUUGUUGCAUGAAUUUUUGCCACGACUGCGGCUAUUUGGAUGCAACAAUUCGGCAAUGGCAAAAUCCAUACCGGAUGCAAAAAAUUUGCUCAUCACUAGUCAAGUAUUUUCUGAUGGUACAGCACAAUUGCCAAGUGUAAAAUUCUAACUGCUGGAAAUUCCUCAAAAUACUCCAGUCUGAAUUUGAAUGAUUUUGUGUUCUUUUUCAAAAGGUCAAAUUGUACAUUUCAGUGCUAGCUUGAUUAAUAAGUUACUGAAAUUAUAAAGAGGUCAGACAAAUAUUCAAUGUACAAUGCAGUUUGCUCAUUUCAAUCCUAAGGAAGACCAGCAGAUUUUUGAUCAUGAACAUGAUUUACUAUUUAUUUUCCUUUGUUGUAUUUCAACAUAUUGAUAUUUCUAAAAGCCAUAGUGACCCAGGACUUCGUCAGAUUAUUGGUAAAACCAAUAAAGGAUGUGAGCUGACAUUUGAUACACAAGUUGUUUUUCAGACUAAUGCCUUGAUUUUCUAUAGUCAGAUAUUAGUUAAAAACUCAUUAGAAGAUAUUAAGAACCUGGUGUGGAGCCUGUCUGAUUUUAUAUCAAAUUGCUGCAAGCAGAAUGCAGGGGAGGACUGCAAUCAAGAUAAGAAUAGCAUCUUUAUCGAUAGAGUGUGUGAAGAUACAAUUUCACAAGCCAAGAACGAUGAUAUACGUAUGUGUUGUAGCAAAAAAUAUAUAGAGAGAGAACAAUGCUUCAGAGCUGUACAGAAUGGACCCCCAGUAAAAAUGCCUGAGAUUGACACCUCAGUUCCUUUUUGGACACAAUGUUUGGAAUUUAUAACUGAUCAACAAACAUUUAUGGAAACGUAUAUUUACAGUUUAUCAAGACAUUAUCGAAUAUUUCCACCCAGAACAAUGGCUAAAAUUAUUUUUGCAUCAUUAAGAACAUACCAUGUCUGCUGUAAAGUCUCUACUUCUUUAUAUUGUAUUGAUGAUAUGGAACACCAGAAUAAAAAAAAUAUAAAAAAUGUAACAGAAGUAGACAAUACAAUAUGUACAGAAUACAAACGAACUGGAACGGGCCAGACCAUUUUAUGGGGUAUAAAGUAUUUUACUAUGCACCACCCAGUUGGCUUAAUGGGAAAUGCAGCUGAAUUUGCUACCACCUACCAGAAAUUUUCUUCUCAAUGCUGUGAUGAGACAAAAUGGACAUCAGAUUGUUUCUUGGAUGAAUCUGAAGUUCUUCUUCUUCAGUUUUGCUCCAAGUCAAGCUCAGCUGCACAGGUUGCUUGCUGCCAGAUGACUGGGACACAAAGAUCAGAAUGUUUGGAUAAUGCUGCAGAUGAGGAAGCGCAGACAAUCUCUAGAGAGAUAUAUGUGACAUCUGAGCAGCUUUGUAGUAUUCACAAUGCACCAGAUGGAAGACUUAUUAUUUGGUACACUUAUGAAUAUACAAGGAGAAAAAGAAAUGAUUCCCUGGAUGUUGUUUUGAAGUCUGUUUCUGAAUUAGGAUUAGCUCUAAAACUGUGUUGCCAGGACCAGAAUAAAUCAGAUUGCUUUUCCACACACCUUGCACCACUAAGUUUCUCAAUCCUUUCUCAGUAAGUACUGUUUUUGCAUACACAUAUGCAAGUAUACAGAAUAAUGAAAUUACAGCAAUACAAACAGAAAAAAAUAAAAAGAACUUUUUAAGCAAAA